UCCCGUGCAGCAUUCCUUACUCUAUUGUUACAUUGUAACAAACCGGGGCAGAGGAGAGGCCCGCGGGGUCCUCGGGCCGAAAGAUACUACACCUAAUUUUUCUUUUUUUCUUUCAUUCGGCGUGGAAAUAUAACGUUGCGAUUUGUCUAAACAUAGCGCAGAUCACGGCCACAUACCCAAACGGAAAAUAUACCUCGAAGGCUCGACUCAAUUUGGUCUUUUUUCAAUGCCGGCACUUUAAAGGAUCACCUUGUUUUAUCUGCACGUAUCCGAUGCAUCCACGCCAGGAUUUGUCAUGUUUUAGUGAAUGAGCUCCUUGUCUGCCUUCGUCUGCCCCGUUUUUUUUCUUUAAAGAGCUUGAACGCAACGUUGAACGCUCGCGCUGGCUUUUUGAGCCACAAGCCCCCUUUUAUAGUGAAGUCAAGAGCAUUAUCCGUUGUUUGCGAUGCUUAAAUGUCGUGUCAUAUCGAGCAUCGCUAUAUCUUCGUGAUUAAACUGCCGGUUCCUCAUUGAUCUGACCAUUUCCAUGGGCUGAAGGCGCUUUUUGUCUGUCAUCUUGUAACCUUGUGGAUCUCCGCUGAAUAGAAGCCGAAUCUUCAAAGAAAAUAAUAUAACCGAGAGAACAAAAGAACGAAUAAAGCGAAGAUUUAAAGGCUCUCGGUUUAUUCACAAGACGCUGUGUUUCCAUGGAGACAUUGCUAUCUCGUGGCCUGAAGCGCAAAUUCGAGGAUGUGGACAGCGGUUCGCCGUGUUCCACACCCAAAGAUUCGGAUGAUGACAUCUCCAGCAGUGACAGUGCAGAUAGCUGCGACAGUCUCAACGCUCCCUCCAGCUCUCUCGCACCUCCCUCCAUUCUUAGAAGACACAAAGCGUCUUUGGGUCGUAAACAGGUUCGCUUCGAUGCAGUGACGGUCUACUACUUCUCCAGAAAACAAGGCUUUACCAGCGUGCCCAGCCAAGGUGGCAGCUCUCUGGGCAUGUCACGGCAUCACUGCGCCAUUCGCCAUUACACCCUUGGCGAGUUUGCACGAGAACAAGAAAGCAGCCACAAGCUCGUACUACAUCAGCAUCUACGUCAAGAAAAGCUCAACGCUCGCAAGUUAAAGCUGACAAGGAAUGGAACUGUAGAUAGUCCAGAAGCGGAGCUUCUUACGCUGGAUGACAUAUCGGAUGAGGAUCUGGAUGUAGAAAGCGUAGAGGUGGACGACUGCUUCUUUCUUCAGCCUCUACCUACCAAGCGGCGCAGGGCGCUUCUGAGGGCCUCGGGCAUUGCCCGGAUAGACACCAGGGAGAAGGCUGAGCUGCGCACCAUACGUCUGUCCCGUGAGGAGUGCGGCUGCGACUGCCGCUUCUACUGCGACCCUCGACACUGCAGCUGCAGCCAGGCUGGAAUCAAAUGCCAGGUGGAUCGGAUGUCCUUCCCAUGCGGUUGCACCCGUGACGGUUGUGGUAACGCCGCUGGACGAAUUGAGUUCAACCCUCUCCGUGUACGUACACACUAUCUCCACACCAUCAUGAAGCUCGACCUAGAAAAGAGAAGCAUGCUGGGUGUUCGGUCAGGAGAGGAUUGCGUAGAAGAGGCAAAGCUGGUUUCCUCGCCAUCCCUGUCCCUCUCGCCCUUGGCAGCAGAUGUGGAAGUUGAAACCCAGAGUAUUCAGGAACUGCAAGAGGAACAGUGUGACAGUCUCGAACGAGAGAACGAAACAGCCGUGCUCCACCUGCAGAGCGCAGAGGAACUGGAAAGGAGGCGUGAACAGGAGGAGCAGCAGGUUGAGGAGGCACAGACCGCCGAUCCGACCCUGUGCCUUCUGCAAGGGGCCUUGACCGAUCAGACUGGCAUUGAGGACAUGGAAGGUGUUGAGGGAGUUCUUCUAGAAGGUCCUUUUCCCGAAGGUGCUACCUUGGUGUGUAUUACAGAGAACCAUGCGGAUGACCAGAGGCUGCUCAAAGACCCUGCUUCUGUCCUCUACUAUCAGGUGGGGCACGUGGAGACGGCUGCUUUUGAGACGCUUCCUGCUCAAGUAGAAGUGGUGAGCGACGCCGGGGAUUCAGAGGUGGAGAGCGGUCGGCAAAAACAAGAAACCUGCGGGCAGGACUCAGCCGAAAGUUCGUCUGCUGAAGUACCUCCGCCUUCGGAGAGUAACCCGAACGGUGGCGAAGAACAGCUUUGUCCAGAACAGGCCUCAAAUGGCGAGGAAUGCCUCGAGACGUGCCUGGCGCUGGAAGAAAAGGCAGUACAGCUUCCUCCAGAAGUGUAGAGCCUAUCACCUCUGCAGAUGUUUUGCACAAGUUAGUCAUUAUAUUGAAAGAGAGCCUACUACACACAGUGCGGUAUGUUAACAGACUACAACGUUGAUUAAUUGUUAAAAAAUACAAGUUAGCUACAUGAGUUUGUAUCAAAUUUAGUUGGCGAUAAGCAUGUACUGUGUUUGAAAUAGGUUGUCAGUGGUGAAAUAAGUUAUUAAAAAUAAAAAAAUGGAAUAAUUUAUUCGAAAAUUAAAAAAAUAGGGGAGAUUCGUAUCUCUUCAUUAUUUGAUACUGGUGGACAUAGUGGCCUUCAUGACGAGGAACAAGCAUUUUCAGGAAUAACCAGUGGCUUCCUAAGGCAUUUCAAGUAGAGUUUCUGGUAGAGCACCCCAAUAAAUAAUUGAGACCAUAAAAAAAAGAUGCUAAUGCUGCAUUCAUGUCUUAUCUAAAUUAGCUCAGUUUAUUCUCAUUAAAUUCAUAUCUUGUAAUGCCAAAAUGUGCUAAUUUGUUUUGAUGACUGAAAAAAAGUGACUUUAAAAACAUUGGCGGAAUAAUAAACUAGUUUCAAAUUUUGACAAAGAUUUCUACACUCGUAAUUACAGUUAUUCUGACAUGUCAUGAAUCCACCAUUAGUAAUCUGCAUAUAGCUAUUGCCAAUUCAUUGCUAACGCUAAGUGAGGGGUUGCUAAAAGUGGAUGUUUGUAGCAUCCUUUCCUGUGAAAAGACUCAAAUGAUCCUGGAAAUACUUGGUUUUCAUGUACUGUAUAAGCGUUUAGCCAAGAGCUAGCAUGAAGAUGAGUGAAAAGCUGCUUGUUCUCCAUAUGCACGUUGAAAACUUGAUUGGUUUGAAAUUGGACGGGGAUCAAUGAAUGUGCAAGCCAAUUGCACAGCAGACAACGUUCGAAGCUGUAGCCUACCGUCCAAGUCCGCGGACGUUUAUUUAUUUACAACCGCUUUGUAUUGUGAGGGCGAGGACAAUGCGCGAUUGUGUUUGAAGAUUAGUGUCAUCUACAAUCAUCUAAGUUUGAGUUUAUUUUAUUUUUUUAAACAUCGUAUUAGUUGUUUAGGGGUGAACGAGAUCCUAUACGUUUUAAUGCACAUCAAGCCUUUAAAGAGAACAGAAGAGCAUCUAGCUGUACUUACGGUUGAAUGUGAAAAUUUAGUCCUGUGUAUGGAUGAAUCUUAUGGAAACAUUUUACCCCAAAAUGUGAAGAAUUUUUUGAUUAAGAAGAAAAUAUAAAGACGUUUUGAUAUUGGUCUAUUUGUUAUAUGCUUGUCGUCAAAACGUCAUAAUGCAGAAACACAUAAUGGGUUUUUAAAUAAUGUAAAAUAUAAUUUCUUCAAUUUUGGGGUAAAUAUGACAGUUUGAACGUUUUCAUGAGAUUCGCCUAUGUGUUAACUAUUAAGUGUACCUAAAAUCAUUUUAUUGUUUAUUGUUGACUUCUAUGUAUAACGUGGCAAGAGAAAUUUUGGGGAGAGGCUUAAUGUCAUGAUGUUGACUUGACGUCACAUGAUCCCUUAAUUUGUCACACUGGACUACAUUUUUACCAGGACCGGGUAUUUAUGGUGGGUUGAUUUUACUUGCCUAUAAACAGUACACCUUGUUUUAAACGUCCAAACUCUGUGAAAACCAUCCCCUCCUAUCUUCUGUUGUGUACACCUGUUGUUUUAGAAUAUAAAUAAUGUUGUUCAUUUUUUGUUAAAAGUCUUUUAGACUGUUAACUUUUGUUUAAUGUCAAUUAAAGACAUCAUUGAAAUGGUUAUAUACAUUUAAAAAAUGCGGUCUACAAAUAGUAUAACAAAUUCUGUGAUGUUGCUAAAUUAUUUAAACAUAAGAAACACAAGAAAACAGUCUUUUGCUAUGUGCGUGUGUGUGUCAGAAAGGUUUGUGAAAUGAAACAGAUCUGUGAGUGCAGUAUGACAUCUUGAUAUUUCAAAAGGUGCUCUUGUUUUAGUUUUUUUUAAUAUUCAUAUUAACAGUGUUUGAAGAAAAUAAUGUACUUCAUUUAAAAAGCGCAGAUCAUCUUCUCUCUCUCUAAAGUUACAUUUUAACAUUGAAAACAACUAAAAUUGCAGUUUUCUGUCUGAAUUGGGUUUACUCACAAUACCCUCUAAUCACAGGUUAAAUGUAUUGUUAGAUUAGCUCAAACAAAGUAUAAUACGGCUAAUCACAAAUUAUUUAGCAUGAUUGUUCCUAUGUAUAUCUUACCAUUGUAAAGCCCCAAGCGUUACGCUGGAUAUUCAUACCUAAAUCUGCAAUAAUUUAGUGCUUUUCAAAUGACCAAUAAAACUAGAAGGAUUUUUGUUGUUUUAUAUAUUUACUGUGAUAUGUUUUUUUUACUUUGAGUAUGCCUCAUUGUUUGUUAGCAUGUCUCUAUGUAUUGGUUUACUAAUUGGUGUUAAUGCUCAUUGCUCCAUGUGUGCGGUUUCUGUCUGUUCUUUGUAUCAAACAUGUGGAAAGAAAAUACCACCUGAUGGAUCCCAUAAAUGGGUGGUCUUCAAUGGACCAAAACAUGUUAUACAGAGUGGGACAUCUUUCUUCACUGCUUUAAUGUAAUCAUGCUACAGUCCAGUAGUUCUAAAACCUUUAAAGCGGAGGUUUCAGUGUCGCUCAUGCUUCAAGCACCCAUUGCUGACAUUUUGCUCAUUCUUUUUGUCAGAUGUGAUCUUUUUCCGAUACCACCUCCUUCUUGAUGUACACCGAUGUGAGACCACUACACUAACUGAAGUCCAACUUGCAUUAUGAUUGUAUGUGCUUAUGUUUGCGUGUGUGUGUGUGCGUGUGUAUUAGAGGUGCUUUAUUAAUAGGGCUGAAUGGAGAUUAAUUCUAGUGUAAGAGUGAGUUAUGCUAUCUGUUGCCUACAGACAAAACAUACAAAGUUUUAUAUGAAUGUGAGUGACAUAAAAUCUCAAAUAAAACAAAUUGAAAAUGUC